CGAUCUCAACCUCAACCACCCCCCGCGAAGGAAUUGCGCCGUCCAUUCCUUUUGUACGAAGAAGAGCUGGUGUCGAUUCCGCUGGAGCCUCCAUUGUCACCGAAGAUGGGUGACGACUUUGGCUUCGACUCGGCCGAUGAGGCCGAUCUCCUCGCCGUGGUGGACGCUGCUCCCUCUGGAGCUAAGCGAAUCAAUGAGGAUACUGAUCAAAGUGAAGAACCAGGAUCGAAACGACAGAAAUGCUCCUCUGGUCACUCUGAACUGGCUCGCAGAGUCUUGCGAGAACGAUUCGGCCUGGAGAGCUUUCGUCUGGAGCAGGAAGCAGCUAUCAAUCGCAUCAUCAGUGGCGACAGCGCUGUCGUAGUGUUUCCCACUGGCGGAGGCAAGAGCCUGUGUUACCAGGUCCCUGCCGUGGCUAUAAAGGAGCUCGACAAGGAAACCGGAUCCCGCAGCCCAGAAGAAAGUGGUGUCACGGUCGUCAUUUCUCCCCUCAUAGCAUUGAUGAAGGACCAAGUCGAUGCUCUGCGCCGCCGAGGCAUCUCCGCAGCCGUUCUAGAUUCGACGCAAAGUCGCGAAGAGUUCGUCGACAUACAUAGCAAGCUAGCUUGUGGCAAACUCGAUCUUCUAUACUGCGCACCAGAGCGGCUCAACAAUGAAGGCUUCCUUGCAUCCCUCAAGUCGAUCCAUGGCGGCAUUCGCUUAUUAGCGAUUGAUGAAGCGCAUUGCAUUUCAGAGUGGGGCCACUCUUUCCGCCCAGACUACCUCAAAAUCGCCCGCUUCGCCAAAGAAGCCAACGUGGACAGAGUCAUUUGCCUUACAGCGACAGCCACAGCAGCCGUUGCCAAAGACGUUCGAGCUACGUUCGACAUUCCGCCCGAGGGUCUUUUCGUGACGAGCAUGUACCGAUCAAAUCUUCGCCUUUUGGUCGAGCCUAUCACUGCAGACGACGACCAAGUCGCAAUAUGCACUAAAUUCCUAAAGAAACACCCCGGGCCAUCCAUCAUAUAUGUCACGACCCAUGCUGCUGCAGAAACCCUAGCCGGUGAACUAUCUAAAAAGAAGUUCAAUGCUCGCGCAUAUCAUGGGGGAUUAAACGCAGAUGUACGCGGCGGAAUACAAGACACGUUUCUCAAGAGUCAAAACAUGAUCAUUGUAGGCACGAUUGCCUUCGGCAUGGGUAUCGACAAGGAGAAUGUGCGGACCAUUAUCCAUUUCGAUCUCCCUGGCAGUCUCGAAGCAUACAGCCAGCAGAUUGGAAGAGCUGGGCGAGACGGUAAACCAAGCACGUGCAUGCUCUAUCUUUCUGAUAAGGAUUUCUUCGUCAGAAAUGUUUUUAUCCACGGCGAACGACCGUCUAUGCUGGCUCUACGCACACUAUUCGAAGAGAUCUGCAGUGAGGAAAACUGUCAGUUGAAGCCCGGAGACCCGUUCUCCGUGGCUCUGACAUCCCAAUCACGACGGGUAGAUAUCAGAGAGACUCAACUUUCCAUCAUCUACGCCUACCUGGAGUUAAAGUUCGGUCUUCUUCGGGCUAGUACUCCUCAGUACUCCGAAUACAAGUAUCAGGUGCUGCAGAAUCGUGCUUUGGAGACCGACGGCUCACCAGCAUCGAAGUACAUCCUUUCCCACUCCAGAAAAGCGCAAACCUGGACCAACAUUGAUGUUGACGUUCCUGCUGGAAACGGCGGAGUUAGCCGCGCUGAUCUUACGCGCAAGUUGGACUCGUGGGCUGAAUCUGGCAUCAUCAAGCUCAACAAGACGGGUGUUCAGAAGGUCUUCCGCAUCAGCAAGAAACUUCCAAGCAAGCAGGCCGACAUCGACGAGAUCAUUGACAAUAUCAACAAGGAGAUUGUGAAGAAGGAGAAGCAGGAUUUGCAGCGCGUUCAGGACCUGGUCAACCUGCUGACAGACAGCAGCUGCCUUACCCGUGGACUGGCAGCUUACUUCGCGGAUACAACUCACUCAUCAGUCAAGGAAUGUGGCCACUGCACCUGGUGCGAAACACAUCAGCAGGUCAAGCUACCAGAAUUCACCCCCAAACCUUUGGAUGAAAAGGCUAUUAGAAAGGUACUGGCUGUCUGCAAAGAAGCCUGUCAACAGGAAGCGAGCAAGGCCAAAGGUGGUAAAUCGAAGACUACAGCCCUUCAGACUAGACAGGCUCUGGCCAACAGCACAGCCAAAGACGAUGCCCGAUUCAUGGCUUGCGUGGCUUUCGGUAUCAGGACACCCCGAGUCAGUAGCAUGAGCCUACACAACAAUAAGGCUGUAUUUGAGACAAUGAGCACAUGCAACUUCAACGAUCUCGUCGAGAAAUUCGAAGACAUGAUGAAAUGGAAGAAAUCAUAGGGUUCUUAGGUCUCAAUCAAUAAAAUCACUAUCAGGCAAAGCGCGAGUACAGGUGGGAUACAUGAGCUAGCAGUAUUAUUCCCGCCUGUGUGGUUACUUUUCAAGCUACGCAGUUGUAUGUGAAUAGUUCUAUUGCGAAACUCUGGCAAAUGAAUACUGGGCUAGAAUGCUAUAUCGGGAACUCAAAGAAGUUGAUCGCGCUGAACUUGUACGAUAAGUGUCUGUUGAGCGAGGUGGUUUUACAAACCAAUCAUAGCUUCUUCAACAGUCAAAUCCGAAACGGA